AGCAGUACACUUUAGUGUGGAUGCACCUGGAUGCACUUUCUGAGGUAGAGGUUCAGAAAUAACGAAACUGCAUGGACUCGGGAGGCUGUUGCAGCUCGGCGGUGGACGCACAGUGCCACGAGCUGUAUAUUGUUCCCGCCGGUGAACAUGUAGCGACCAUGACCGUGCGCGACGCACUUUCGUCGCGGCAUGGGGACUGUCCCAGAUACUGCGCGCCGUGCGAGAUCGGCCACUUCACUAUGCAAGCAGAAGGUGAACAGUACCAGUACGUCCAUGGUGCCGUCGCAAAGAGGUUCCUGCGUGCGCGAAUCCCGUGGCGUCCCAUGCUGAAUCUGAACACCGGAUACGAGAAGGCCGUGCGCAUAAAUUGGGAGAGCGUGGCACGUAGAGAAACUCUACUCCGCUGGGUUAUUCUCAACAAAGACAAGGUGGGGAUAUGUUCAUCGGACGAGCAGGCGCCACCGUUGGAAACGAAGAGCAUAUGCACGGAUUUUAUCUGUCGACGGAGCACAUUGACAAUCGUUAUGUGCACGCCAUAUGAGGAGAACAAAGGCUGGCGGCUGGUGGCAUGCAGACACAAAGGCAUCGUGUACCUCCAUGAGCAUCCUACAAUGGAGGAAGUACAUCGAUCCCUCAAAGAGAGACGUGACUGGAAAUUGGAUCGUAUGACGUACUGGGGCAGCAAGUUCCAUCGUAGCAUGAGCUCAACCGAGCCAGGGGUUGACCCCAAGGAAGACGAGCUACUCAGGGAAGGCGAUGGAUACAACACCGUCCUCCACUGCCAGCUUGGAUCGCACUCUAUCGUGAUGGGCGGUGAAGUGAAAGCGGUCGACCCUUCAGUUGAAUGCAAGCUGGGUUCCACAGAUGGCUACGUGGAGUUUAAGACACACCGCGUGUUAACCACGGAGUCGCAGCGCCGCAAUUUCUACGAGUGCAAGUUGCGGCGCUGGUGGGCCCAGUCGCGCCUAGGAGGUGUCCCGAAGGGAUUGUGCGGCUUCCGCGACGAUAAUGGCAUUGUGGUGCGCAUACAGCAGUUUGACGUCGUCAAAAUGCCAGACAUGGCAGAGGGACUGUGGUCGGAGGACGUGUGCAUGCGAUUCUGCAACCAGCUGCUUUCCUUUAUCAAAGAACACGUCGAAGGGAAUGACGGAAGGACUGUCUACCAUUUCGAGUACGUGCCGUCAACCCGCGAGAUCGUCUGCAAGCACCUGACAAAUCCUGCAAAGCUUUACCGUCUGCCGGACUGGUUCCUGGAGGCGUUUGAAGACUGUUGAAGUGUUUGCUUCAGUUGCACCUCUCGCUCUUUAUGUGAUCUGUUUUCAAUGAUAGUGUGCUAAAGGCAACCUUCCAGAAAAUGAAGAGACUCUAUUCUACUCACACACCCCAUAAGUAUUUAGUGAAGGUUUCAUUGCUCCAAAUGAAAAUGUUUGUACUUUAUAUUAGAAUACGAGGAUAUUUAUGUCUGUAGUUUCUGUCAUUCUUGCACAAUUGUUCUUUUUUGAAAUGUUCGAAAAGUCUUAUUUUAAUAUGUCAUCGUGUAAUUACCGAACCGUCAGCUUUUCGAAAAUUGUGAAUGUUUUUUUGAUGGAAGUAUAAUCUGUAGAGAUGAUUUCAUUCAUCAUCAUACCAUUUCUCAGAAGCAAACAUAAAAAUAAUAAACAUUUUAAGUGCCUGCAUAGUUGGGCAAAUUUCUAUUCUUGAAACGAACGUAGCAGUCAAGAUUGUAAGCUUCAAGUAUAAGCUGCCUAGAGCAACCAUUUGUUUAUUAUGUCACAAAGGCAUUCUCGCUUUCACACUCUCACUGCCAUAACGACUGUUGCACGUAGCAAUAGACUAAUCAUUUGCGAACUUGCUGCAGUUUCAAGUGACUGUAGUACCACGAAAAUGUUGCGCAGGAAGGUUGACACCAACUGGCAAGAAACGCUACGUCACAGGGUUCAUCAUUCCCUUCCCUAUAUUUUGUGCACAUCAUAUUUUGUUACCCCUUUGCAUGGAUGGCGUAAAUUACGAACGGCAAUAGUCAUUUGGGAACAGCGUAUUAAGAAAGAGCGGAUGUGAUCAUGUAACGUAUGGGGGUAAAUGCCACGCACAGAAUACAAGUUGUGAAAAUCACCCAUUUUUCAGGGCUCGGCUGUUCACACAGCCACCUACUGAUUUUCAACGAGCUUGUGUCGAAGUUAAGGAGAUGCUGUUGGUAAACGUGUGAUGUUAAAAGAACCUUAAGUACUCAUGCAUUCUAUAUAGUUUUCGAAUAGGCUAUUCUGUAUCUGCUGUGAGUAGUAGUGUUUGUGUACCAAGAAACCCCAGUGCCCAAUCUGAAGGGCAUAAAAGGUGCGUGUUAUAUUCCGUCUAAUUCCAUGUUUCCUUGUUGAUGGAGCUGAUUUGUUGCCGAAUAUGUUUCAGGUUGUGUUUGUUGGUUUAAUUUUCAGAAGUUACUCUGUGAUUCUAUUUGGAACAGCCUUAAAAAUUAUUAAAUGGAACCUUACGUUGCCUCUUCCGAUGCAUUGCGGCUAGCAGCUGUGGCAGGUUUGCCAUGGCCACGUUGAGCAGGGUCGGUGAGAGAGCUAAACCCUCUGUUGCGCCUCCGUCGAAAGCUUUUAUGAUCUCUGGCCGAGAUUCGCCUAAGCCGAUGGUGGCCGCUCAUUCUCAUAAAAUGGUCCAGACAUAACUGUAGGUGCGUUUUCCGCAUCGGUAGGAGGAAAAAUUUGUUAGAAUGAUAUUCUAUGAGAUGUUGUCAAAGGCUGCCUUUAGGUCCAGUGCUAGAAUUGCUUUGGUAUGACCUUUACUGGGACCAAUGACAAUAUGUUUCUUGAGCUGUAGUAGUAUGUCCAGUGUAGACAUACCUCAGCGAAAAUCUAUUAAAGUUUUGGGGAAGAAUUGUUUCGCCGCAUGGUCAGGCUGGUUGCGCAUAAGACCUACAAACAGUCAUCUUCAUUGUCGAAUGGACAACGAACCGUGAACAUCACUUGGCUGCCAUGUGUCAAAAGAGGCACACCAGCGAAUUUUCGGGCCUCUGAUGGUCUUUGUGGCAAUCAUACGAGGCGCACUGCUUUAAAAUCGAAACCUGUCGGGCCUCUGAUGGUCUUUGUGGCAAUCAUAUGAGGCGCACUGCUUUAAAAUCGAAACCUAUGCAGAACCUCUUUUUGCAGUCACUAUAAAACUGCUGGCUCGUCCAGUAAUUUUCACGUCACGCCUCUAAAGUAGCCUUGCAUUUCAGUAUUACUUCCCAGAUUUGUUGCAUCUGCUAGAAAAGGUAGUGCUUAAGAAAAAUCGCAGCUCCUGCCACUGGGCUGUUCGUACAACUAGCGAGAACUGUGGUGCUUCCGUUUGCAUCAAACUUUUGUUUCGAAGUAUCGGUUCGAAAUAGUUCGAGUCAGUUGCACAUGCAUGUGAUGUGAAAAUGGAAGGGAAACACGAUUGGCAAUAUGACGGUCCGGUCAUGGUUCCAUGCGCGACUUGUUUUCUGUUCAUCACGUCGUGUAUCAAUUUCUCACGCGGUGGGACAUUGCUGCUUUUAUUUACUUGAAUAUUUGAUAUUGCUUGCGUUUUAUAUGGUGCAUAGUUGUGGCACUGGUUUUGUGUGCGAGAUGAGAACUUCACCUUUCACUUACGGCUGCAAGCAAUAACAAGGCCUACCCUGUAGGCGUGCGGGUAUAUGGGCGCACUAGUGUGGCUUCUCAAUACCAGAACCAGGAGAAAUACAAGCAGGAACAUGUCAUGGGCAAAUGAGCAGUGAAAAUAUCAAAAACAAACACACAUUAUUUCGGUGCCAUGUGUGAUGACACAGUGAUAACUUGGGGAUAGCAAGUACGGUUCUUUUCGCUUUCUCAAGAACUCUAUGAAUGAUUAAUGCCUCACUGUUGAGAUCUGCAUUAGUAAUGUGUACCAACGUUGUAACAGCUGUUCCAUUUUUCUUACACUUUUGAAAACCGGCUUCUGUGAAGUUUGCUGAGCUGUCUUAAUUUUUGAGUGAAUAAAUGGCAAUAGAAUUUG